AUGCUGGUUACCUAUUUGAAAGCCAGCCGGGACCUUUGCGAGACGGACUCAAUUCUUUUUGGCGCCGCACUGGCAGUCUGCCGUAUUAUAGGCGCCAAACUUUCCACGGCUGGUCGCGCUACUGGACAAAGUAGUGCUAUCCCAGCCUGGAGAAUAAGAAUUGAAGAACGUAUCGCAAAGGCUAGGGCCCUCAUCGGCAGACUGAUAUGCUUCAGGUUAGGCAAUAUCAGGCCAAGGAUUGUGCGCACCGUCAGGAUGGCGUUUGCUGGGACAAAUGUUAGUUUGUCCCAGCCGGAUAUAAUGCAAAAACUGACGGAGUGCAUAGACGACCUGAAGCAAAGAAUCGCUGCUUGGGGAAAGCGGAUUCGGCGAUAUACCGAGAGGUCGACACGGUUCAACCAGAAUCGUCUCUUCCAGAGUGAUCAGAAGAGGCUCUAUAAAUCAUUGGAGCGACCAAUGGUAAGUGGAACGGGCCCAGCAACAGAUCAGGCCGACACGGUCGCAUUCUGGCGCAGCCUGUGGUCAGAGCCCGUAAACCACAACGAGGGCCCUUGGACGGAAGUUGUGGCGAGUCAGUGUGCGGGUAUUAUGCCCAUGGACCCCGUCAUCAUAACGCCGGAUGACGUAGCUGAGGCGGUCCGUAGGGCCCCGAACUGGAAAAGUCCGGGGUUUGACGGGCUGCAUCACUACUGGCUGAAGGGGUUCAUGGUGUGUCACGCUGUGCUCGCCCGACAGUUUCAAGAGGCUCUCAACCAGAAGUCGCUCCCAAGCCUCUUCACUACUGGAAUCACUCAUUUGGUUCCUAAAGGAGCAGAAGGUACAACCCAUUCACGUACUUCUACCGCCAAGAAACGAUGCUGCCUCUACUGA